AAUUCUUUAUUCUUGGCGGGCAACUCACGUUUUUACUAGCUUAGCUCUAACCACUGGUUAUUCUCAACUCUGUUCCUACACUAGUUGCUGUUUAAAAUGCCGAAAGCUCGCAAGACCAAGAAGUCAAAGGUAGAGGAGAAGGAGGUCUUCAGCGUCGAAAAGAUCCUAGACAAAAUGGUGAAAGACGGGAAGACAUUUUAUCUACUGAAGUGGUUUAAUUUUGAUGAUUCAGAAAACACAUGGGAACCGGAAGAGAACCUCAGCUGUCCAGCUCUUAUAGAAUCCUUCGAGAGACAAUAUGCCGAAAAGCAAAAGGCUAUCUCUAGCUCUGGAAGUAGCAAAGAAGCAGCUGCUGGUAGCAACUCUGUAGGAGGAGGAGGGAGCAAAGCUAAAAAAGCAAAGAAGGCCUCUACUGCUAGUGAUCCAGUCGUGAACCAAUCACCGUUAAAGAAAUCUAAGAUUGAGCCUGAGUUACCGUUGGAGGAUGAGGUAUCAAAUGGAGGAGAUGAUGACCAAGACGUAAGGAUGCCUGGGGAAUCAGGAUUUGCUAAAGGUUGGAUAGCUGAGGAUAUUCUAGGAGCUACGGAAGAGAGUGGGCAGGUCCUGUUUCUUAUUAAAUGGAAAGACAUCUCCCAGCCCGAGCUAGUAUACUCCACAGAAGCUAAUACUGCAAUACCACAGAUGGUCAUCAAAUUCUAUGAGAGUAAACUGACAUGGCAUGAUGAUAAAGCAGCAGCUGAGUCCUAGCUGUCUCCUCUCCUCUUCAUGUGUCGUAAACUGCCUUCACUUCUAAUACGCAUCAUGCAUGCACAGAACCUAUCCACUGGACAAUAUAGUUUCAAGAUGGAACUCUCCUACCAUUAAUAUUUCUUAUUAUUAUUAUUAUUAUUCUUGCAAAAAAGCUCACACACUGUGUACUGUGAAAGUGUACAGAAAUUUGUUUCAUUAA